UUUGCCUAAAGCAACAUCAUUCAACCUGAGAGGAUCCCCUAGUGCUUCUGUAUCUGGCUUUCAUCUGCAGGAACUAAACUGCAACACUGUUACCGCCCAGGAACAAUAACUCAUAUACAGGGAAAAGAAACCACAAACCAAGCGAUGGGUUUUACAAGCACAUGGACAGUACUUCUACUGAUUUUGCUCACUGAAUUAAAAGUGUUAUGUCAAGAUCAUUACGAAGACUAUGAGACAGAAGAAGAGGCAUUACCAGACAUGUACACUUACACGUUUGACGUAUAUGAGUGUGCUAAGGAGUGUUUCUGUCCUCCUUCUUACCCCUAUGCAAUGUACUGUGACCAUCGAAAGCUUAAAACAAUCCCAGAUGUUCCGGGACACGUCCGCCACCUCUACGUUCAAUUCAACGAGAUAGAAGCCAUCACCACGAAAUCUUUCACCAACGCUACAUCUCUCAGAGACAUCAACCUCAGCCACAAUAAACUGCAGUCUUCUUUAGUGGAAAGAGGGGCCUUCACUAAACUUCAACAACUAAUUUAUCUUCACCUUGAGCACAACAAUUUGGAGGAAGUCCCUACAUCUUUGCCCAAAACUCUUCAAAGACUUCACCUGGGCUUUAACAAAAUCUCGAAGCUAACGGGUGACACUAUUCGAGAACUAUCAAGCAUCACAGUGCUCGACCUCUGCAGCAACAGACUUACAGAUGCGGGUAUUAGAGGAAGAGCCCUCUCUGGCAUGAAGAACCUCUUGCAAAUCAACAUGUGCAGCAACAAACUCAGGUCUAUGCCACCUGACCUCCCUGGAUCUUUGCUGCAGCUGUCAGUGGAGAACAACUCCAUCAGCUCAAUACCUGAGGGCUACUUCAGGAAGACACCAAAUAUCCUGUCCAUCAGAGCGACGCGCAACAAACUAAAGGCAGUUCCUUACAAUGUGUUCAACCUGUCGAGACUGAUGGAUCUUAACCUGGGCCAUAACCAACUCUCCAAAACCUUCUUUGUUCCCCAGAGCUUGGAACAUCUGUAUCUCAAUCACAAUGACUACAAAGAGCUGAAUGUUUCCCUAAUGUGCCCAUCAGUGGACAGGGACCACCCUAAUAUGCUCACCUACAUUCGCAUUGACAACAAUAAGCUUAGAGGAUCUGUGGACUACCACGCCUACACCUGCUUCCCACGAAUGAGAAUGAUUUUUUAUGGUGAACAGCAGAGGGCCGAUGAGGAUGAACCUUCAAAAUAA